AUGGAUCCGCCACCAGUUCUGUCGGAGCGAAAAAAAUACCAGCGGUUUCGACCAAGAAAGUUCAUUUGCGAGUUAUGCGAGAGUGGGUUCACAUUAAAGCACAACCUCCAAACACACUUGCACACAUAUCAUCCAGAUAACCGGAAAUAUUGGCCGCGACGUCGUGGGAAAAGAUACAAAUGCACGCAAUGCCAGAUGUUGUUUCGAGUAUUUAACGCAGCUGUCCGCCAUCGAGACCGAGCACACAGAGAGCGAAGCCGGCCAAAAUGUAACGAGUGCCAAAAGGAAUUCCCAUCACCGUCUCUGCUUCGUGAACACAACAACGUCGUCCAUCUAAAUUUGCGCCCAUUUAAAUGCGCAAAAUGCUCCGCGGUAUUUGGUCGUCAAGCAUGCUUGCGUCGUCACGAUAUGACAUGUCAUCAGGACUUCCGUCAUCUGUGUCCUUAUGAGGGCUGCACACACAUUGGCUUCAAAUGCACCAAGGCGCUCGCAGCACAUAUCCGAUCAGUUCACACACAUGUUCGACCUUUCAAAUGUGAACAGUGUGGGAAAUGUUUUGUACGUCGAAACGAUCUGCGGAUGCACGCUGACGUUCACAACACAGAUAGUGUUUACAGCUGCCCAGCAUGUGCUCAGAAUUUCCUGCGCAAGGCUCAGUAUCGGAAACAUGCCAAAAAGUGCGCACAAUAG